AUGUCUCGUGACUCACUCAACAUUGAUGUCUACCACAAAGGUGUUUUUUCUCCUAAUCCCUUUGUUUACUUCCAUCCUGAUAAAUUACCUGUUAUGGGGCUAGAUGUACGUAACAUGGAUUUCAAAGAGUUCAUGACCUAUCUCCAAAAAUUGAUCAACAAUAGAUGUCGGGAUAUGUAUUAUUGUCUUAAAAAUCGGUCCCUCGUAGAUGGGUUAAGGGAGCUCAGGGAUGAAGAUGAUUAUGUUAGGUUCCUUGAUGCUGGGUUUGAUGAUGAUGAUAAUCAAAUCAGUGUCUACAUUGAUGACUAUCAUGAACCCUUACUAGAUUGGAUUGAAGAAGAGAAAGUUGAAGAAGGGGAUAGUGGUACUGAAACAUAUGAAGACGAUGUGGACUCGGUAUUGUCGGAUGAUCUAGCGGUGGACCAUGAAGCUGAUGAUGAGGACAUUCAGUGGCUUGAAGUUGUUGAUCCUUUUUUGUCUCAGAAGAAUCUUAUUCCAGAAAAAGGCAUAGAGGACGAAGCUGGUGAUAAGGUAAAAAAACAUCCUAUUCACGAUCCUAACCAAAAAUGGGAUACUAUGAUGCCUGAGUUAGCAAAUAAAGAAACUGUUGGUGAAGAACCAGUUGGUGAAGAAGGUGAUGUUGAAGAAGGGGUUGGUGAAGAACCAGUUGGUGAAGAAGGGGUUGGUGAAGAACCAGUUGGUGAAGAAGGGGAUGUUGAAGAAGGGGUUGGUCAAGAUGGGGUUGGUGAAGAAGGGGCUAUUGAAGAAGGUGAUAUUGAAGACCACCAGGAGGAUGAAAUUGACCACCAAGAGGAUGAGAUUGACCAUCAAGAAGAUGAAAUUGACCAUCAAGAAGAUCAUGUUGAAGACCACCAAGAAAAUCAUGUUAAAGACCAUCAAGAGGCUGUUGUUCAAGAUGAAGCUCACCACAUUGAAGUUGUUCAAGAUGAAGUUGACCACCAUGAACUUGUUGUUGAAGUUGACCACCAUGAACCUAUUUUUGAUGAAGUUGACCACCAUCAGCAUCAACCUGUUUUUUUUCAGCAUUUUGUUGCCAACAAAAGGCGAUUACCUUCUGAGAGGAUCACGAAACUGAAGUUAAGGAAGAAGGUGGUAACAAAAGAUGGAAGUGGGGAAAGUCAUGAAAAUCCAGUCACUUUAAACUAG